AUGUUGGUACGUGAGGGCGAGUACACGAAAACGAUUUACACUUUGAUCAAAGAGGAACGUUUCAACGAUGCGAUUAAAAUUCUCGUAAACAUUCCCGAGGCUUCGACAAAUCGUGCAGGACUUUCCCUUCUUGGUCAUUGUUACUACCAAUGUCAAGAUUUCAUCGAAGCUGCGAAUUGUUACGAGCAUCUUUGCUCUCUUUACCCGGAAAAUCAAGAUUACAAACUUUAUUACGCCCAAUCUCUCUUUCAAGCGGGUCUUUUUGAAGAAGCAUACAAAAUUACGACCCAAAUUACCUCAGAAGAGCUGCGGGAAAAAAUUUUACAACUACAAAGCGCCAUCUGUUAUGGAAACGAAGAUUACGCGGCAGCCCAAAGUUUGAUCAUUCAACGAAAUCCGGCGAGCGAACAAACCAUGAACGACGAAGGUUGCCUACUUUAUCAAGCUAACAUGUUCGACGACGCGCUCCAACGUUUCAACUUGGCUCUUCAAACGGGCGGCUUUCACCCCCUAAUUGCCUACAACGCCGCCUUGUGUCAUUUUAAGAAAAAAGAAAACUCACAAUCUUUAAAUUACAUUGCCGAGAUCGUUGAACGGGGAAUUCGAAACCAUCCCGAACUCGGAAUUGGAGCUCAAGCUGAAACCGAAGGCGGAGCAAGAAGUGUCGGAAAUCCCCCCUCGCUUUCAACUUCGGGUUUGACCCAAGCUUUGAACUUAAAAGCUGCGAUCGAGUACCAAGAAGAAAAUGUAGAGGGCGCUCGUGAAGCUCUCUUGGAUUUGCCGCCGAGAACAGAGCCGGAAUUGGAUCCAGUUACUUUGCAUAAUAUGGCGUUGACAGAUACAACAGGCGGCGGUGCCGGAUUGAGACGAUUGGCGUUUUUGUUGGAGCUGGGACCGCCAACUUGUCCGCCAGAAACGUUUUCGAAUUUGUUGCUUUUGUGUUGUAAGCAUGAGAUGUACGAUACGGCAGCGGAUAUUUUGGCGGAACAUGCUGAUAUGACGUAUAAGUAUUUGUCGCCGUACCUUUACGACUUACUGGAUGCACUAAUAACCGCUCAAACAUCAUCCGAAGAGGCAGAACAAAAAUUAGGAACCCUAGCUACCAACUUAGCAGGUCGCUUACGUCAAAUGGCGGCUCGCGUUCAAGAAUUACGCAACAAUCCCGAUCAAAAUUUACUUCGCGCCGCAUUACGAGACUACGAAAGUACUCAUGACAAUUACUUACCCGUCGCAAUGGCUCGAGCUUGGAUUUAUUGGCGAAUUGACGAUUUCGCAAGUGCUGAACGUGAAUUCCACGCUUCGGCAGAAUUUUGUGCAGAAACCCCUACUUGGAGAUUACAUGCGGCUCACGUGCUUUUCAUGCGUGGCGACAAAUAUAAAGAAGCUGCUGCCUUUUACGAGCCCAUUGUGCGACAAAAUUACGAUAACAUUUUAUCAGUAUCGGCAGCUGUUUUGGCGAAUUUAUGCGUGGCGUAUAUCAUGACGAGCCAAAAUGAGGAAGCAGAGGAACUCAUGAGGAAAGUUGAACGUGCGGAAGAGCGCAAAGGCAACGGCGCGGGACAAUUGCUCCAUUUGUGCAUCGUGAAUCUCGUUAUCGGGACCCUUUAUUGCGCCAAGGGCAAUUACGAAUUUGGACUUUCGCGCAUCGCUCAUGCCUUGGAUGGGGGGCAAGGACCGCGAUUAUGCGCCGAUACGUGGCUCCAUGUGAAAAGAUGUGUCCUUGGACUGUUAGCUGGCUUAGCAAAACAAAAUAUUGUGCUGCCCUCCGUUGCGAUCCAAGAAGUUUUAAGUUUUCUCCAUACUUGUGAAGUUUAUGGUCUUACGAGUCCUUCAGUGUUGGCGGGACCGUUAGAGGAGGAAGGUAGCGAACGUUUGCCGACAAUUGGCAUUGAAGCGAGAAAGUUACGUGCGCUUUUGCUGCGUCUCAUGGAGUACAACUAACCGAGGAACAAACAUUCAUUGAGA